AUGGGUAUUCCUCUAGCUAGUGAACCAGGCACGGACUUUUGGCAAUGUUCUAAGGAAAUUUCAGGUUGGCAUUCAGUUAAGAGUGCCUACAAGCUGUCUCAGAUGAUCAAUGGUAGAUGGCAAGAAGAUGUUAAUGCAGGUUUUCAGAGAGCGCUUUGGAAGUUGAAAGUGCCGCCUAAAGUGCGAAACCUGUUAUGGAGAGCAUCUAUAGGAUGUCUUCCCACCCAUGUCCAGCUAAGGCUAAAGCAUGUAGAGGUUGACUCGAUUUUCCCCCUGUGUCAAGGAGCGCCUGAAACAAUUACUCACAUUCUGGUUAGCUAUCCAUUUGCUCAAAGAUGUUGGGAGGAGACUCGUAAUGAUCUGGUUUGGAGUCAGAAGCAUCUAUCUGUGGAGCAGGUGGUGGUCCUAGCUAAAUCUAAUCUGAAUCAGUGGCUUCAAGCUCAGGAAAAACAAGUGCUUCUGCCUUCCCUUUCAUUAUUGGCAGGAGAUGGUGGUGUUUGUUGGACCAAGCCUCAAUUUGGUUUUGUCAAAGUGAAUGUUGAUGCAUCAUUGUUUCUCCAUGAUAAUCACUAUGGUUUUAGUUGUGUGGCAAGGGACCGUGAAGGGAAACUUUUUAGAAGCUUUUGUCUAUUAUAG